CGCCUCCAGUGGUAAAGUAACCAGUCCAAGGUAGUGGAUUGGUAGAAAGAAGUGUGAAAACGUUGGAGCAAAUGUCUUUUGGAAGUCGUCCUGUUUCUUUGCAUUCUGAGUCAAAAUACCACCUUGGGCCUAGUUGGGUGGUAGACUUAACCAAUCGUCGAGUUUAACACCACUGCCUGGCUCUUUGGGGGCUUUUGACUCUGUCACAAGCACACUAAGGCUGGGUUUCUCGUUUGCAGACACCGGCCCUGAGAGGGCCUGUGUAUGGGCAUUGCCUUGCUUUCUGAAUAAAAGAUUAAAAGGAAAAAAAAAAAAAAAAAAAAGAAGCGAAACAUUGAAAUACACAAGAACAAAAACAAAAACAAACAAAAAAAGUAGGGAGGAAACUCAACUUGAACUCACUAUCAUUACCCUCGGGAUUUAACCAAUGCUUUAGCUGACUGAACUACACUGAUAAAUCAAUUCGUUCGUCUUUCCUUCAUUCUAUCAGUUAUGAGAUAAGGAAACCUCCGGUUGAGCAAGCAACUCCCCAGAGUUUACUUAAAGGACAGGAGUCAGCAAAAACGACAACCACCCCCAUCGACAAUAAGACAUUGCUUGCUAUCAAGUGUUAUUAAAUAUAUAAGAGCCAUCUGUUACGUAUCGAUGCCAUUUGAGAAGCAAUUAAGGAAAAGAUAAAUAAUAAUAAUACGAGUGAAGACGACGGCGACGUUGACGACGACGACGACGAUGACGACGACGACGAUGAUAAUGUCAUCGUUCUUAAAUAACUAUGCUACAGUUAGGAGCUGAACUAAGUUUCAGCCUGGACGUUUGUUUUAAAACACGUUUGAACGAACUUACAUAUAACAGUCUCUAGGGAACGGACCUAAUGGCAGGUGUAGCAGGAAUUUAUUCUCCAUGAACGAAGAAGCUUUUAUUUACCAAAAAGAGAAAAUCUCCAGUGAUACAUAACAGAUGCAGGUAUGGCUGUGUGGUUAAGAAGUUCGCCUAGUAACCAUGUGGCAUCGGGUUCAGUCUCAGAGUGCUGCACCUUGGAUCUUGUAAAUAUGCGAAUACAUAAGAAAGCUAUCUUAAUUUUCUUUCUGUUGGCAUUGUUUGGGUUUAUAAUCUAUAGGAUGUCACGUCCUUUCGAUCCGACAAACCUACAUCAAUACAAACCUAGGUGGGGAGAGGAUGAAAGGCUGAACAUCGUAUUUUUAUUUGCUGUUAAAUCUUAUCCAGAAAAUUAUGAAUUGAGGAAAGCCGUACGAGAAACAUGGGGCACAUAUAUAAACCCUAGCUCAAAGAGUAAGAUAUUAUUUUAUAUGGGGCUAUCUUCACGCCCUGAAGUUAACAUCAAAGUUGCUGAAGAGUCCAACCAUUAUGAAGAUAUUUUCCAGGCACAAUUUAUCGACUCUUUUGAACGUCAGAGCCUAUGUACUUUAACUGCUUUUAAGCAUAUCCUAGUAACAUAUGCUCAAAUUAGAUUUUUAUUUAAGAUUGAAGAUUCCACAUUCAUUAACAUUCCACACCUGAUACGUGUUCUGAAAAGCAAUGAGUAUUUACUACGUAACUUUAUCAUGGGCCGAAUCAUAAACAAUACACAACCUCAGCGAGACAAGAAGUCACCGUGGUACGUCUCAAAGGACGUAUAUUCACCGGAUUUCUACCCAAAUUACGCGCAGGGAUUCGCUUAUUUAUUUAGUGGGAACCUAAUACAGCAUUUCGUUCAAGAAUCAUUCAAAGUCCCUCUCCUUGGGAUUGAGGACAUUUUUGUAACUGGAAUCUUAGCUCGGAAUCUCAAUGUGAAUUACAUACACAGCACGAAGUUUGGUAUGCCAAAGGACAGUUGUGAAAACAGCCUGUAUAUAGCUAUACCACACUUGUACACAGUCGAGGAUAUGAAAAGAGUUUACAUGUCCGUCGAAGUCCCAAAUGAAAGGUGUGCUGAAAUCAAAAGAUGAAAAAAAUCAACAUUUAAAAUGUAGCGUUUUAUCUGUCUGUUCUAUGUUUCAAUAUCUCGAUUGAUUUGAGAAGAAAAUAGGAAAUGAUUCGCGAAAACUGCUAAAUGGGAGAUUACUCUUUACCUUGCAACUAUAACGGGCAGUUGGAGUUACGUCCCUUUAUACAUAUCAAGUCAGAGCUUUCAUCUCUUAGCUUCUCCCUCUCUUUCUUUUUCUUUCUUUCUUUCUUUCAUUAUCUCAUCAUUACUAUUUGCCGAUGCAGACCGUCGCUUUUUUUUUUUUUUGUCGGAUUCUGCUGUGU